CAAUGGUAUAGCACAUGCAGCAUGCACCAAAAGCCAUAAUUUCACCUACCCCACAAAUCAUACAAAAUUUUCCCACAAUUCCUCAAUCUACGCACAUCAUCACGGAAGCUAAAUUGAACCAAAAUAUUGCACUUUUAUCACUUUAUAUAAACUAUCCGCAAGAAUGAAGAAAAUUAAAGAAACCAAGAAAUCCAACACACAAUAUUCUACUUGCUCUUUUUAGUCCAACUUUGUUUCAAUAUGGGGGAUUUCAUUAAGCAAGUUGUGUGCAUCUUGUUCUUGGUGAUUUCAAUCCCAUUAGUGCAAAUUGAAGCUAGAAAAAGCAAGUUUAUGAUCAUCCCCGCAUCGCCUUCGCCCGCUCCGACUCCGGCUGCUAAUGAGAUUAGUUUUCCCCCAUUUUCAUCUUUUAGUCCAACAUCAUCACCAACACCAGCACCAACACCGAUGUUUAAUGAUUUUACAUUUCCUCCGGUGUCAUCUCAAAGUCCAACACCAACACCAGCAUCAGCACCAGCACCCGGGGGUGAUCAAGAUCAUGGUGAGAAUGGCAUGCCAACACCGGCAGGGGCACCAGAAGAAGGUGACAUUGAAGCACCUAUGCCUCUUUUGACUGAUACUCCUUAUGGACUUUAUGGUCCUCAUUCUAAAGAAGUUCCUUCUACUGUCACAAAUCUUGAUGAUGUAGAAACUCAAACUCUUGAUAAGGAAUUCCAAGGUGCCCGCUUUAAUACUGAUGAGUCCGACAACGACGACAACAACAACAAUAAUGGCUACUCCGAUAAUUAUAACUACGAUAGUCACUCAGAGAAUUACAAUAGCAACAACAAUGGCUACUCAGAGAGUUACAGUAAUAACAACAACAAUAACAACGGCUAUUCUCAAAAUUACAACAACAAUGAUUUCUCCGAGAAUUACAACAACAACAAUAACGAUGUUUUCUCUGAGAAUUACAACAACAACGACAAUGAUGUUUUCUCCGAGACCACCACCAGCAACAACAAUGUUGUCUCUGAGAAAUACAAUAACAACAAUGUUUUCUCUGAGAAUAACAACGACAAUGGCUACUCCAAAAGCUACAACCAUAAUAAUGGUUUCUCCGAGAAUUACAACAACAACCGUUUAUCCGAGAAUUACAACAAUGUUUUCUCAGAGAAUUACAGCAACAACAAUCUUUUCUCCGAGAAUAACAACAACAACAACAAUAUGUUCUCAGAGAAUUACAACAACAAUGGCUUCUCCCAGAAUUACAACACUAACAACAAUAACAAUGAUGUUUCCUCCGAGAAUUACAACAACAACAACAAUAAUGGUUUCUCUGAGAAUUAUUUCUACUACAGCAACAAUGGUUACUCCAAGAAUAUGGCAGAAAGGCAAGGAUUAAGUGACACAAGAUUCUUGGAAAAUGGCAAGUACUACUAUAACAUCAAGAAUGAGAACACCAACAACAAUGGCUACUCCAACAACUACAAUCAUGCUAGCAACUACAAUAACAAUGCCAAUAUGGUGGAAAGGCAAGGAUUGAGUGACACAAGAUUCUUGGACAAUGGCAACUACUUUUAUGGUAAAAAUGGUGAAUUUAAAAGACAGCAGGACUAUCCAGGCACUGAGGAUCAGUAUGAACUUCCUUGAAGAUAACAACAUUUAUCGAUUGGUUCAGAGCAGAGGGACUAAAGCAGGGACAUGAAAAAUAGACUUUAUAGAGUUUGAUUGAAUUUUAAGUUAAUUAUGAGUGAGUGUUUGUGUAUUAGUUCUACUUGUGUCUGCAAACACCAUUUUUUUUUUGGUUUUAUUGUUCUGCUAAUCAGACCAAGGGAACUUUGUGUUGCUUAACACUUGUUUUUUUUUUAAACCUUUUAUAAUGACAUUGAAGCUUCCUUAAA